AUGCCUCAAAUCCAUACAUUAUCAGAUAUAGGUGAAGGCAAAAAACUUGGAGACAUACCAUCAAAUCGAUAUUCACAUAGUCGAAUGGAACUUGAAAAUCAGCUUGCUUAUAAAGAUAAUAAACGUAUGCAGUAUGAUCUAAAUCAAUCUGAUAAAGAUAAAGAGAAACUUUUUAAGCAUAGUUAUCAACUUAUUAAUGAGGUUAAACGAUUGAAAGUGGACAAUACUAAUCUUACAUCACAGAUUAUCCGAUCACAGAUUUCCUGUGAUGAGUAUAAAGCCAGUAAGUUAGCAUCAGCUCAAAAAGGUGCAUUUUUGAUUCAGGAAAAUUCAUCAAAAAAAGAUUCUGAGAUUAUGUCUCUUAAAGCUGAACUAAAGCAUAUAAAGAAUAAAUUGGCUUCAAAGAUUGAUGAGCUUGAACGAUUAAAAUCAAAUACUAUAUCAACGAAUAACUCUUCGAGUCAUAAUAAUCUUGCCCAAUAUUUUGUACGUAAAAAGAAAGAUGAAAGUAUUCUUAUACACGAAUCUUCAAAAGUAAGUACUCCCAUACUGGCUCAUGAUAAUAUAGAUGAUACAAAGUAUCAAACUCCAGAAAUAAAAAAGAAUAUGACUCCGAUUAGCACGAAUGUACGAGUAAGUGCUAAAUCUAAUUCUCAGAUUUAUAAUAUCACAAAAGAAGGGGGUAGACCCUCUGGGUCAUUGCUAAGCAAUAAAGAAUUACCUAUUGUAGCGUUAGGUGCAG